AACGCAGAUCUGGUGUAUAUAUAUAUAAAAAGAUAAAAUCGCAGCAUAAAUCCAUUUGUCCUGCGUAUAAAAACUGCGUAAACUUUUCACUCGCAAUGGUUAAUGAAGCCGUUGAACAAAUAGAAUUUGUAUUCAACAUGACUGAUUUCAAGAUGAAAACUGCAGUUAUGUUGUUCAUAAUAAUUAUUUUAAACAUCAAAGAAGCUUACCCAUCUCCGUCGAAUGACUCAAAUUUUGGUUUGAUUACUUUGGGAAACAACACAACGAUGUUAUCUGAAAAAAUAUCAAAUAUUCAUCGUAACGAAGGUAGAAUUGUUAAAAGUUCAAACCCAUAUGUUGGACGCAUAAAUGUUUAUCGUAGAAAAGAAAAUUAUUUUCAAAUUAAACUUUCGAAACAAACUUCUAAUAUUGGUAAGCACGAAAACUCAGCAGAAGAAACCCCCGGGAAUACCCGAGCUAAAAGACAAACUUUUAACGAACGAAAACGUCAAGUAUCCAGCCUUCGAUUCCCUUCUAUCCAGCGAAUAAAUGAAUAUGCAGGCAACAUUCCUGAAUUUUUCCGGCACCUCUUAGAUAGCAUCAGCACAAAUCCCUUCUCGAGCGCCCUUGCUGCGAAAAUCAGACGUCUUCUUGGUGCUGAUGGAAGGAUGGCGAGAGAAAAUGGCCAACUGCAGCCCGAGUUCGAAGAGAAGGAGUAUUGCUUCGGUGAGAUCGGCUGCUUCAAAGUUACUCGCGAUUUCUACGAUCCUGUUUUGCGGCCGUUGAACGUGCCUCCGGAAUCGAGAGAAGAAAUUGGUACAAAAUUCAUUCUCUUCACUCAAACUCAACCCAAAGGGCUGGUCGUUAACCCACGGAAUUUGGAUGUUCUAAAUAAUUCGAGUUUUAACGCAAAACUUCCAACCAAAAUCGUCGUCCACGGUUGGCUAACAGAUUCUGAAACCACAUGGGUUGAGGAACUGCCAAAAGAAAUAAUAGAACGACACAACUACAAUGUCAUUGGAGUGCGGUGGGCUCGAGGCUCGUAUUUGUUCUACGACUUUCUGUUGCUAAACACAUUGGUGGUCGCUCUGGAAAUCGUCCACCUCCUAGGAUGGCUCGUACAGAACAAAGGCGUUGAUGUGAAAGACGUACAUCUCAUCGGACACUCCUUAGGGGCCCAUAUAUCCGGAUAUGUCGGCGAGCGGGUCUCUGGGCUGGGUCGGAUCACAGGGUUGGACCCAAGUCGGCCAAAAUUCCAAGGCAUGCCGACUUCAGUGCGUUUGGAUCCUUCAGACGCUCUUUUUGUUGACGUCUUGCAUACGGACAGCAACUAUACCGACCCUAGAGAUUAUAAUAAAUUUGGGAGUGGGGAGCUGGCAGGUCACGUGGACUUCUUCCCCAACGGAGGAGGCAACCAGCCAGGCUGCGGCUUCUUCACCCCACCUGACAUGUUCGCGUGCAGUCACACCAUGGUGAAGAGAUUCUUUCGGGCUUCUGUUACGUCGUCGUGUCCGUUCCUAGCGUUCCCGUGUGACUCAUACGAGAACUUCAAAAAAGGCAAGUGUUUCAGAUGCUCCGGUGCCCUGGGCUGCGCGCCGAUGGGCCUGAAUGCGGACUUGUGGAAGCCCCGGGGCAAGGAGGGAGUGGCGAUGUUCCUCACCACAUCGGGCCAACCGGACUACUGUCAAUACCAUUCUCGUCUGACUCUGCACCUUCCCGUCUCUGACAAGUCGAAUAGUUACGCUCACGGUCGCAUCAGAGCUACAUUAUUGAAGGGCUCAGAGCGUAGGAAAGAAUUCUGGUUACCAAGAAGAGGCGCCGUGCGUCUGGAGCUCGGCACGUCGCCGACGUUUCUCCUUCGUCACGGCGACGACCACAGCUCCUGUGACGGCGUUGAGCUGAGCUGGCAUGCGCAGCAGGACGUGUUCAGGCCAUGCAAGGGACGAUGUGAGCCUCACUUGCGCCUCUCGCACGUCACCUUCACGCCUCUCGAUAACCGCGAUGUCCUCACGAGAAAGAGCUCCAACGUCUUAAUGUGCUCUCCCGGCCCCUACCAUCUUAACGUCACCAUCACCAGCGGAAGGAAGGCUAUGUUUACAUCGAAAUCGUGUCAAACUUCUCACAGAAAUAUCUUGUUAUAUAAUUGAGCUUGAUUUCUGAUUUCAAAUCGAGAAGAAAAAUGUUUGUCUGAUGAACAUUAAUAGCAAAUGACUUAUGCUAUUAAUGUCCACAGCCAAAUUUAUGCUUACGGUCAGAUUGACAUUAAAAAGUACAAAACUGUUGGCCGUACUUGAGCAAGUGCGUUUAAAACGAUCAACGAACAUUUGUUUCAAGCCCUGAAAUUUUGGAAUGGUCGAACAACCAUGAACUGACUUCAUAAGUUUUUCAGGUGCAUUUCAUCUCAUAUACCUUUUUUCGGUAAUUUUUUUCCGGUGUUCGGAGAUUGUGCUACGAUAACAUAUUUUGGUCGGUACUAAUGAAUUUGUUCUAUUCGAAAAGCAAUUUUUGGUAGAGAAAUAAUUUUUACAUGGUUAAUGAUGAAUAAAAAAUCAGCGUUUCGAGGUUUAACAUAUUUAUAAGAAUGCAUAAAGAAGAAGAACUAAUCAAUCAGAAAAUGUACAAAGACAGGAAAAAUAUUUGUUCCGAU